AUGGGGAAAAGGCAAAAGGUUGAUGUGGUGUUCGUUCCAAAAGAUCUUCUCUUCGAAAUACUCAUAUUGCUUUCUGUGAAAACUCUACUGAGAUUAAGGUGCGUUUCGAAGCUCUGGUGCUCCAUAAUUGACGAUCCACUUUUCGUUCAAAAACACCAUAUUCGAUCCCAUACUCGUCCUGGAGGCCUCAACCUCCUUCUUCAACUUGGGCAUCGUAAUUUUUUAGGCUCUCUAGAUCCAGAGGGAGGCCCCACCUCUUACCUUCUACCACUACCCGAUACAGUGGAUUUGUAUAUUCCGUUUCAAUCCAUUAAUGGCUUGGUCUGUAUCAAUAACAGCAUAUACAAUCCUAGCACCAGAAAAUUCAAAGUUCUUCCACCUAUAACAACCAGUGUACCUUAUCGUGAAGAAAAAUACUUGUUAGGAUUUGAACCUUCUACCAAUAAAUACAAGGUUCUCGCCAUAUGCGGAUUUUUGCCUAAUCUUGUUAGUGAAGAUUCUCAAGUUGAGUUAAAGAUUGAGUUCAAGAUUCUGACGCUCGGCACUAACUUGUGGAGAGAGAUUGAUACUUCUGAGCUUCAAUUAGGCGUGCCCCGAAUUCUGAAUACGGAUUAUGCCAGGGCUUAUUGCAUUACUGAUGUUAUAUAUAUUAUAUCUAAGCGUGACUCGAAGGACGUGAUAAUAGCUUUCGAAGUAGGAUGCGAGAAGUUUCAGAUCAUUCGAUUUCCUGAUAGUGCUAAUACUGAGAAUUGUUUAUUGAUACAAGUGAAAGAACAUUUGGCUUUAAUAGAUCGCAAGAUGUCAGCAAUUUGGAUAUUGGAAGAUCACGAGAAGCAACUGUGGAGUAGAGAGAGUCUAGUACUUCCAAGUCGUGGAAGUUUUAUACCGGAUGGUACCAUUCAUAUGGGUGAUAUUGUAUUUCGAUCUCAUCCAUCAAAAUUGUUUUAUUAUAAUGUGGAAAGGAAAGCAUUGAGGGAUGUGUCUUGUUCAACCUUAUCCUGUGAUCCAAGACGCAUCACCAAGCAUGUGGAGUGUUUGUAUCGGUUGAAAGACAUGUAAAUGACAACAUUGUUGUUUGGAAACACCGAAACGGUGCCUUGUAUGUGUUUUUGAAAUUGGAAGAAUUUAGCAAGAUUGCUAAUUUUAUAUUUAGAAACACCGAAUCGGUGCAUUGUAUUUGGGAUUGAAAGAAUUUUAAUACAAAGUUUG